AUGGCGGCAGUCGCGAGUCCGCAGAAUCAGCCGAUCAGUGCCAUGCGCGACGAGGUCACGGACACGCGGACACCCAGUCCUGUGCACCGUACGGACAGCUCUGAUAGCGAGACUCGAGAACCUGUCUACCAGCCGGACCUGAGCGCAGAAGUGGCCAUGCUGAGCACGAAGCUGGUCAACGCCAUCAAUUACCAGACGAACCUCGACGACUCUCUGCAACAAAGCCGACACGAACUCGAGCAACAGCGACAGCGAUGCACGACCCUGGAGGAAGAGAAGAGGCGCGUGGACCAGCUCAUCACAAGUGGAGCGCUGGUCAGAAAGAGCGAGACGGACAAGAUCAUUCUUAAGCUGCGGCAAGAGCUGAACAGCGAGAAAACGGCACGAGAAAUUGCCGAAAGAGACAAGAAGAAGGUCGAAGGCGAACUGGAGAACCUGACGAGCGCACUAUUCGAAGAGGCCAACAACAUGGUGGCUGCCGCGCGGAAGGAUACAGAAGCAGUCGAGAAGCGCAAUGCUCAACUGAGGAGUCAACUGCAGGAUACCGAGAUGCUGCUCGCGUCACAGCAGGAACAGCUACAGGAUCUCAAGGCCACGAUGGAGAAGCAGCACGAGGCGACCAUGUGCCGCGUGCCGAGCAUGCCAUCCACUCCGAUCACUACCCAAGGCGCCACUUUCGAUGCGCUACAGAUCUCGCCAACCGAUUCGAGUCUCCCCGAUAUCCCACCUGAGCACCCGCUGCAUUUUGUACAGCUCAUCUCGCCGGUGCUUAGAAGCGACACCUCCGCAUACACCGACUUCCAGGACCUGCUACUACUCGCCCGGCGACUUGGAGCACAUUCCAGAACGAACAGCAGCACAGCAACACAAACCGCAUCGGGAGGAAGCAUAGCCGCAAAUCAGUUGGCAUCGGCUUCGUCACCAAACCUCCCAGGUGCCUUCUCGUUCUCCACCAACUCUAGUCCGUCAUCCUUUGCGACAUCUGGCACUUUGCCGCCACUGAAGGACAGCAAGUUCUACAAGCGCGUUUUGACCGAAGACAUUGAGCCGUGCCUGCGACUGGAUCUUGCGCCAGGACUUUCGUUUUUGAGCCGGCGAACAGUGUUGGGCGCCUUGUUGCAAGGCACACUGGCGGUGGAGCCAUACCCGCAAAACAAGCACUACUUUGCAUGCACACUCUGUGGUGAGAGUCGACGGAAUGAGCCAUAUGUUCGCAAAUACAGAUUCAGGACAUCGGAGGAUGACGGCGUCUCGAAGCCGCUCUGUGACUACUGCGUUGCAAGAUUACGAUCGACGUGCGACUUUGUUGGGUUCCUGAGGAUGAUCCGCGACGGACAUUGGAGAACCGAUAGCGGGGAAGAUCAAAAGAGCGCAUGGGAAGAGAGUGUGCGGCUACGAGAGCGCAUGUUCUGGACACGACUGGGAGGUGGAGUAGUGCCUGCGCAACAACUACGGACUGUACCGCCUACACUAUCUUCUGCAGUAGAUGCGCGACACAGCUUGGAGAGCAUACCUGAAGCCCAGGUUAAGUCGGUCGAGACAUCUGACGGCACAUCAGACGUCUUCCAAGGACACCCGGAUAGACCGAAGAGCGCGGUUGGAAGCGCCAUAGUGGACAUGUCUUCGACAGCUGCUGCAAGUGCGGCGCCUGAACUACGACCGCAACCAUCAUCGCAGAGGUCGAAUGACGACAAGGACGACACCACAAAGGAGGCCAGUACCGAAGACAGCGAGAGAAGUCCCUCCGAGGACAUAAUGAAGUCACUUCGGGACUCAACGCAAGCAUUGUCCGUUGAGAAAGAAACUACGCCACGGACCUCGUUGCAAGUGCCUGCUCCCGAACCUGAAGCUUCUCCACGAACAUCGCUCACGGUUGAGCAAUCGCAUCAGCCCGAGCGAAGAGGCUCUUCCGUCCUAGCGAGGGUCCGCGCAAUGGAGUCGCAAGGCAAAAGCCUCCCAGGCGCCUUUGAGUAG